GUAUUAUGUUGUGCUCAGGUGGCCGUACACUGGAUAAGACUCCGAAUAUACUAGGGAUUCAGGCUUUGCGCAGUCUGUCUUGCCGAACAAUCAAGCUGACACACCAGUAGAAGACAUCGGAUCAUUAAAACACCAAACCAGAUGCCUACCUCAUCGGUUUCGAAGACAAGCCAGGCGGCCAAACGCACACCGAAGACUCCUCAGGUCAAUGGAGCUGUCAACGGGCAUAUCCCUUCGCCGUACGAGAUCAUGGCCGGAAGGAUUGCGAAUCGUGUGGCAGAGAUGGCAGAAAACAUGACCUUCGUCGAACGUGAGAGACCACAGCAGCAGCCUACUCCGUCAUCGCCUGUGCCACAGCAAAAGAAGCCGCCACGCAAACUGGAGAUGAGGCUCCAGAAGUACGCACAAGCACAGUCUGACGUCACCUUUUCAGCGCCAUUCUUGGACAACACACUGUCAAAGAUGCUCGAUUUACAAAACCGCAUGCUGAGAGUUGGCAAAGAUAUCGGUGCGGAUGAAAACGUUAGUGAGGAGAUUAAACAAGAACAGUUCAAGCAAUCUGCUGAGCUCAGCCGGAUCAUUGCGUUGAUAUGUGCAGAGAAAGCUAGACAGGGAGCCUAGAGAGGACGUGAUUUAUAGGUGCUCGUCUCAUGGCGGCUGUCUGGACAACAUGAUUGUUUCGUAAUCCUACUGAUUUGAGGAUGAAUGGUGCUCUUUGGACGGUGUUUAGCAUGGAAA